GCUGUUGAUGGAGAGGAUUUCGAAUGUCAGCCGGGACAGUGGUCAUUGCAGGAGGAAUUCUGGCUACAGUGAUCUUACUGACCAUCGUUGCUGUACUGUGUUUAUGUAGGUUACAGUACUACUGUUGUAAGAGGGAGGAGUCUGAGAAGGGGGAAGAGGAAGAACCAGAGCUCGCCUCUAUGUCUCCUUGUCCGCCCCUGGCUCUGUCCGCUCCCCCUACGCCUCCGACGCCGGAGCACUUUAGCGACGUAACGGAAAACUACCCCCCUACCUUCCUUACUGAGGCCAAUGGUCCUGCCAGCUACUCCCCCACACAGCCACCGCGCAGGUGCCAUCGCUCACAUGCCUUCUGCCCGACCUGCACCCGCUGCACUCUGCCCUUUUACCUGCAGCACCCGGAGAGGCUGUGCAACGGCGGUCGCAGGAUCAGCUACAGGACUGUGCAGCAGCAGGACCUUGAACUGCCCAUAGACUUGGCCAGGUUCUACCAGAACCUUAUUCGCUCGGUCACCAUGAAGGAGGUGGUCACCCAAAGCAUUAGCACUGAUGUCUAGGAGCAGGCAGGAUGGAAGCAGUAACAUCCUUCUGGCCUGGUGAAAAGGUGCACUGACUCGGUGCUGUGUGCAAACACACUAAAUUAACAUGUCAUAUAAGUGUUGUGAUGUGGGUGUUGUGCUGACGGACAACAACACUGAGGGCUUUUGGGCAAUUGCACACCUUUCCUGGCAGCAAAAUGGAGUUGUGCAGCUCUGGAACAAAUGCGUACAGAAAACAUUCAGUCAGUUUUGACUUGAAGGUGCAAUCUGUAAGAUAUGGCCUGGAAUUUAGUUUUAGCUUAUAUUAUCUAUGCCUGGAAUGUGAAGAGGUUAAUUUGUUGAUUAUAUGUCAGACACAUCUAUUGAGUUGCAGAAAUCUUCACUCAAAUAGGCUCACUAACUGACAAGCCCCUGCCCAUCCUGUCUAAUAUCACUUGUACCUCCAGAAACGUCUGCCAGCAGUCCAACACGAGAGGACAGAGAAGUAACGCUGCCUAAGGGCUUGUCAAUCACAUGUUGAUCCAUUCAUGAUGCUACAACCGCUAACUUA